AUGCCGACAGGACAUGGGGAGCUGGCGUCGGCCGGUACGCAGACAGGACCCGGGGAGCUAGGGAUUCGGCCGGAGAGCAAACAGGAGACGAGGAGCUGGAGUCGGAAGAAGAUGAUCUUCCUCAUCCUGCAGCUCCUCUUCCUCACCUCCUGUGUCUCUGGAACAUUUUUUGUGAAUGUGACUCAGACUUUCUAUCAGGCAGAGGAGAACCAGAACAUCACCCUGGAGUGGACCUUCAGCACCAGAACAGACACUAACUUCAGCUCCAUUUCUACCAUCUGUCACCUGUUUAAUAAAAAGCGAAUCUCAGUCCUGUUUGAACUACGUGAAGGUGUUGAAACCCGAGUGUCUCAGGAUCCACAGUUUGCAGGACGACUCCAGUGGGACAAAGACGUCCUCACAGAAGGACGCCUCACAUUUCAUAUCUCCAGACUCAGGACCAAGGACUCUGGGUUUUAUGUGUGUGACAUACACACAUCUGAUGGGAGUAGCUCUAAGAAUUGCUGGCUCAACGUCACUGCCCCACACAGAACUCAUUUUAGUGGAAAAGGGGAGACUGAGAAGCUGGAACCACAGGAUGUUUUUCAGAAGAAUGAAGCUGCUAAAGAGCUCGAACCUCAGAGACCAACAGAGAGUCCACAACCAGAGAGUCUGAGAGGACUCUGGCUUAUCGUUGGAGUUUCAGCAGCUGUUCUGGUUCUCUUUGUCAGCAUGGCCUACAUUGUUUUAAUAAGAUAUAAGAGAAGAACCCACAAUGCAGCCAUACAUACGGGGAAUUUAUCAGAGAAACAAACCAUCCGGACUUACAUAUAUAUAUAUAUAUAUAUACAUACUCAAUCUGAGCAUAAAGUGAGACCAUCCAACAUCUGAUUUAAGAGUCAGAAAAUACCUCAGUGUAACCUCUGUAAAGUGUCAUAUUUAUAAUUAUUUAUUUCAGCCUUCAAUGUGAGUUUGAUCAUUCAGCUGUAAGGUCAUCAAACCCUGUGUUUACUGAUGGAUAUUGUUACCAUGCUGCAUUUAAAGGUGGGGUAGGUCAUUUUGGAGAAACCAGCUCGAGUGCGCUAGAAUUUGAAAAUACACAGCCGGAAGAAAUCUGCCACUUCCUCACAGAGCCCCUCCUCCAACACACACGAACGCGCAGAUGACCAAUGAGGGCACGAGAUAAAUGUGUGCACAGAUGGAAGGCUGACAGGCAGGUAGGCCAUCCAGUUACUUUGGCCGGCUCAGAUGAUUGGUCGUGCUUUUUACAGCGCCACGGCUUCCACUGAUGACAUUUAUUUAUGGAUUUAUUGUCAAAGCACUUCAGAUAUUCAUUGCUAUCGGGAUGUUAAGAGCAUUCCAUGGAAUAUAACAACAAGUGUAUCUCGAGCCGGUUUCUCCAACUUACCUACCCCACCUUUAAUGUGCUUUUAUAAAUGUUACACAUUAUAAAUAAAUCACUUUUUAUUUACUUUUUUACUUAUUCUGCACAAUCUGCACUGCAUGUCUUACAGGAGGAAAUAUUUGGAAAUGUUAAAUUAGA